AUGCUCCGAGCAAUCGCGCGAGGCAGCGCGUCGUCCUUUUCGAAGAAACCAAGGCAAGGGCGCGCUUUGCAAGAAGAGUCGGACGUGCAGAAGUUGUUCUUAUUGACGCAGUUUCGGGAACGGACGAUGAUGAUGACGCGAGAGAGGAACGAGCGCGAAGGAGAGGAGGAGGACAGCAGGGCGAGAAGAGAAGCGGUCGCGAAGGAAGUUUUGGAGGCGUCGACCAAGUGUUCGUCGGCGGAGAGGAAAGCGCGAGUGUGGAGGAGCGUUCAGACGCAGCUGACGACGAUUGGUUUGGAUUUGAUGGGGAGGACCGGGGAUAUCUCAGAGACGAAUACCACGAAUAAGAAUACGGUAAAACCGUCCGACGGCGUGGAAAACGAAGAGGGGGUGUUUUUAAAUGGACCAGCUUCGGUAGGGACGGUGGUGUCGUUGUAUCCGGGGAUAGUAUACGCGAAAGAAGCUUUGAGGUUUCUCAAAGGCUUUCCGAACGUGGCGAAAGAGAACGCUUUUUUGGUCGCGCGGUACGACGAUACCGUCGUGGACGCAAAGCCGUGGGAGGAAGAACGGAGGCGGAGUAGCAGCGAGAGGAGUUCGAGUGGAGUUGUUGAAGGUAGUAGCGAUAGUGAGAGUAGCAUUAAUAGUUCGGGUAGUAGUAGUUGGCCCGGUUUUCCUCUUCGAGAAGACUUGGAAAAGGAAAAAAUUGUCGGCGCUUUGAAGAAAGAGUGGGUGGAGAAGCUUCCGCCGUGGCUGGAGAAGCUCUCCAGACCAGAGUUACACGCGAAGAUAAAAAGGGCGUGCCUAGACGUUUCAACGGACCUUUUAGUACAAGCGGGGAAGCAUCCCAUAGCCCUCGCGCACAAAGCAAACCAUCCUCCUCAAGGUAAAACGCCGAAUGUGAUGAUAUGUAUGCACGAUUAUGACGUGGAGGAAGGCGCAAAAGAAGCGUUACGGAUGAUGAAUAUGGACACAGAAGACUCUCAGAAACUGGAAAGAAUGAAACACUUUGUACGCGCGGCAAUACCGAACGUGUACUUAAGCAACGAUAUACGCGAUUACGAAAGGUUUGACCCCGCAAAAAGUGCACGGAAUGCAAGCUUCCUCAAGAUGGUGUCAUCGUUCGCCGCCGGUUCGGUAUUCGAGGACCCGAACGAGAAAGCGAAAGAUUUGAACGAAGCGCAAAUGGUUGAUAUCGUCAUGAAAGCCGCGCCAACAAUUGCAUUAGUCGCAACGAGGGACAUCGAAGCGAACGAGGAAUUGUUCUUAGAUUACCGGUUAUCCUCGCACGUCGAACGACCGGAUUGGUACGUUCCAGUCGACGAAGAAGCCGAGAAAAGACGAUGGAGUUGA